CUGUGGAGUUCAUCAUGGACGCGCAGCACAAUUUCUUCUUCAUGGAGAUGAACACGCGUCUGCAGGUGGAGCAUCCCGUCUCAGAGAUGAUCACGGGAACAGACCUGGUGGAGUGGCAACUGCGCGUGGCUGCGGGGGAGAAGUUGCCCCUCUCUCAGAAGCAGAUCGUGUUGCGGGGUCAUUCUUUUGAAGCCAGAAUAUACGCCGAAGACCCCAAUAACGACUUCCUUCCCGGAGCGGGGCCGCUGCUACACCUGUCCACGCCGCACGGGGAUCAGUGCACACGCAUAGAGACGGGGGUUCGAGAAGGUACUCUACAUUUAAUCUCACGUGACUUAUGAUUUACCAUUUACAGGUGAAAAAAUAAAACAGUUUG